UAACCAAAUCCCAUUCAAAAACAAGCAUUAGCCAGCGAAGCAGACGACAAAACUAAUUUCACGCACACAGAGAGAACUCAUCGUCAUUGUCAUCCUCGUCGUUUUGGCUGUCUCUGCUACUGUUAUCUGUCGUUGAGGAUUUUGCAUUCGCUGUGAAAUGGCGGAUCAGUACACGUGGGGACUGAUCUUGGGGUCGGUGCUGGGCCUGGUCGCCUUGUAUAACUUGGGGCUCUUUACUUUGUAUAAUUUUGUUAUGAGAAAUAAGAGAGAUUCGUUGGAUACUAGAAAUGAUUUUUUGAAGAGCACCUCUGCUGUUAACGAAGAAUGCGGAUCCGAAAAUUUUACUGAUGCUGACGUCAUCAUAGUCGGUGCCGGCGUCGCUGGCGCCGCCCUGACUCACACUCUUGGCAAGGAUGGACGACGAGUGCAUGUGAUUGAAAGAGAUUUGUCAGAACCUGACCGAAUUGUUGGUGAAUUGCUACAGCCAGGGGGUUACCUCAAAUUAAUUGAAUUAGGACUUCAAGAUUGUUUGGAGGAAAUUGAUGCUCAGCGAGUUUUUGGUUAUGCUCUUUUCAAGGAUGGAAGAAGUACUCAAUUAUCAUAUCCAUUAGAAAAGUUUCACUCAGAUGUUGCAGGUAGAAGCUUUCACAAUGGGCGUUUCAUACAGAGGUUGAGGGCGAAAGCUGCAUCUCUUCCAAAUGUGCGAUUGGAGCAAGGAACGGUAACUUCACUGGUUGAAGAAAAAGGGACUAUUAAAGGCGUGCAGUACAAGACUAAAGGUGGCCAAGAAUUGACAGCUUAUGCUCCUCUGACAAUUGUUUGUGAUGGCUGCUUUUCAAACUUGCGUCGCUCCCUUUGCAACCCUAAGAUCGAUGUGCCAUCUUGUUUUGUUGGUUUGGUCCUAGAAGAUUGCGAACUUCCAUAUGCGAACCAUGGGCAUGUUAUAUUGGCAGACCCUUCCCCCAUUUUGUUUUAUCCUAUCAGUAGCAACGAGGUCCGUUGUCUGGUUGAUGUACCUGGUCAGAAGGUUCCUUCCAUUUCAAGUGGUGAAAUGGCAAACUAUUUGAAAACAGUGGUGGCUCCUCAGGUUCCCUCUGAAAUCUACAAAUCCUUUGUAGCUGCUAUAGACAAAGGAAACAUCAAGACUAUGCCAAAUAGAAGCAUGCCAGCUGCUCCCCAUCCUACUCCUGGAGCCCUUUUGAUGGGGGAUGCAUUCAACAUGCGCCAUCCUUUAACAGGGGGAGGAAUGACUGUUGCUCUGUCUGACAUUGUUGUCCUGCGUGACCUUCUCAAGCCUUUACGUGAUCUGAAUGAUGGAUCAGCACUCUGCAAUUACCUUGAAUGCUUUUACACCUUGCGUAAGCCAGUUGCAUCGACGAUCAAUACAUUGGCUGGUGCCUUGUACAAGGUGUUUUGUGCUUCCCCUGAUGAAGCAAGCAAGGAAAUGCGUGAAGCUUGCUUUGACUAUCUAAGUCUUGGAGGAAUAUGCUCAUCAGGACCAGUCUCUCUGCUCUCGGUCUAA